AAGUGUGCAUCGCCCAUCUCCAGGCAAUCCGCGGUUCAAGUGGGUUCCAUUGAAUUCUCGAACUAGUCGUCCUCCUGUGUCUGAAGCUUUUUCAAAUACUCAAAUACUGUGCAAGUUGUAAUUCAAGUGCCCGCAUUCCCAGGAAAAUAAAAACGCUUGCCCGGCGAAGCACCGACUUUCUCCGAAGUGAUUUACAGAAACGGGACGCUCCUCCGAACGUCUGGAAGUGAUUCUCAGCCGAGCGCAAAAGUGCCGAAGAAAUUAACAGGUUGUGAAUUAGUUUUGUUUUUUUUUUUGCUUGCUUGCUACUCACUCAGACUCUUUCGGGACUGCAUUUUCCUGGUGAAACUUGUUUAGCAAAGAAAUGUAGUGAAAAAUUAAAGAAUAAUCAAAAGCUACAAACCGAUCCCCAGCGCAAACUUGCCCGACGUUUCCUCCUCCGACGACGACGACGACCGGUCCCAGUCCCGAGAAACUUGGGCGGUAAACUUUUAAUCAGAAAGUAAUUUUCAACCGUCAGAACAUCUUUUCCUCAGGUGGCUGUUGGAGGAAGAAAAAAAAACACGGCGAGCUCCCAGAAACGAAUGGUGAAAAUUUAACUUGGGUGUCAGGUGAAAGCAAAUCCCCAGAGCCGAAAGGACUUCUGACUGGCAGGGUGGUGAAAAUUGGAUGAAUUUCUGUGAAAUACUAUUCUUUUUCGGGUGAAUAAUAAAACUCUUGUGAGAAGCGCUGUUAAGUGACCGGGAACAUGAUGCAAUUAUUGGUUUUCGUUUUGCUCUCAGCUCCCGUGUUGCUGAGUGCAGAAAAGCCACCAGCCUCGCCACAGCAAACUACCUUACCGGCAAAAUUUACCGACAGUAUAGCGGAGGAAACCUUUUUCCAAAGUCCCACCCACAAAACAGCAAAUUUCAGUGCCCGCAAACCGAAGAGGGCGAUCGGUGAAAUACCACUGCUAAUCAUUCGACCGAUCGAUAAGAAAAAGAAGAAGGCUCACUUCAAGGAACCAAUGGUGAAGCUGAUGUCCGGUGGAGUUGCUUCGUAUGGAAAUUAUCCAGAAAUCCAUACAAAUGAGGGUGAAAUUUUCUCUUUGGAACACAUGCUGCCUAUCCUUGGUCUGGAAGGGAUGGUCUUUAAUGGUAUUCCGAAAAUUGCGCACUACUCGAACCAUUUCGCACAAUCUCAACAGUACAAACCAUCGGACACCCAUUAUUUCAUUCAGAAAAAUAAAGAACAGUUUUAUCCGACGUUGACCAUCAAACCAACGGAAACGGUUCCAGACCAGCAACCGAUUUCCUCACCUCCUUCGCCAAAUUAUGCACCCGCCGUUAGCACGGAAGAACAACUUCUUAAGUUGGGUCAACAAGCAUUAGGAAAACUCGAAACUCCAAGUUCGUCAGCUCAACCACAAACUUUGGUCGAAGAGAAACCGGCAUUCAUAAAACCGGAGCUGCUUCACACAAAAUACAACUUUAACAAAUUACCGAUGGAAAACAUGAAACUGAAAGCCAUUCCCGUUAACUCUAGUCCAAACUUCGGACCUACCACGUUUUUCGCAAUGCAUAGCGAUGGUAUGAAGUUGUACAAACCGAGUUACGUACUUUCAUCGCAGCCACAGUACAAAUGGUCAGAAAUACCGAAAAAACCACAAAUGGUCAGCCCAUUAUCAAUCAGUACCAGUUUUUAUUCGUCUAAACCAUCCAACGCCGAAGAAAGCUACCAGUCGCCACCGAAGAUGUACCACUAUGUACCACAACAACAACCACAACAAGUACAACAACAACUACAACUACAGCAUCAACAACCGAUGCAUCAGUCGCCGAUCCAGACUCACGUGAACUACUAUUUCCCCAAGGAAAUCGAAACUCUACCGCAACCACAACCACAAGUGCAGCAAUUGCAUACGAACGCACAACAACUCCAACAUCCAACUGUUCCCGUGAACACGGUGCAAAACGGUGAACACGUGGACUUUGUCAUACCGAAACAACCGGUUCACGAAGAAACCUCCGAAAAGCCUUACAAAUCCUAUCACACGCAAAUGAAGUACAAACUGCAGAAGCAUCCGAGCAGUCAAACUAGCAGCAAUCAGCCAACAUUCUACAUCCACAAAGAAUUUGAGUUCCCCAGUAAAUCCAAUGGCCACCACAGUAACAGCAACAACGUGGUAACCGAAUAUCACGGAUCGUACAACCGGACCACCGUCGAAACGCAACACCUCCCGGAACCGGUGCCCUACUCGGCACCCCAGUAUCUUCCGCUGCCACAGCCUCAACCACAGCAACAACCGGCACCGCCGGCACUCACGCUACAUCAGUCGCAUCCGGUUCCGCAGCCACAACCCUUCCAGCACAACUCAAUCGCGCAGAGCCACUGGAAACGAAGGAAUCACGAACACAUCAAACCCGUCGUAGAGAUCACCAGUGCGGACGAACCGGACAGUGCACACUCGCCUUCCACGAUCGUGCAAACGACGAAGACGUUGCAGCGGCCGGUUGAGAAAUCCACUACGGAAGUGCGAAUCAACGUCAAGCACGUUCCGCAGUCUCGGACGGAGGCUAAGCCCGACAAAAAGGUCAGUGACAUCGGCAAUGGCAGCGGCAGCGGAAACAACAACGGAAGCAACAAUAACAGCGGUAGCAACAGUACAAGUGGCAGCAGCAGCAGCACCGCGCGGCCAACAACGCGGUCUGUCCGAUUGGGAUGAUUCAAAUCGGCCACAGCCCACGAACGAGGUCAUACAAAACAAAAACACGGCAGCUACGUCCUCGAAAGAGAUAAUCAACGAAAGAGAUACCAGAAGAGUGCAUCUUGAGGCGGAAGAAAUGCAUGCGUGAAGACGUUGCUGUCAGCACCACAUAUAUCAUUACGCAUCGGCACGGAGAUUAUUUGAGACCGAUAACAAUUUUUUUCAUACAAGAGAAGAUUGGAACAAAGUAAGAAAAACAAUCAAUGGCCCAAAUAAUAUGAAGCUUUCUUUAAUUGCCGCAUUUGAUACAAACACCGAUUAUCUGUGGCAGAUGAAAUUUGCGUUAUUUAUUCAAACUAAGGUAUAAUGACUUGUUGUCAUUGUUGAUGUUAAGGCUCAUUAAUAUGUGUUACGUUAUGUAGGUUACUUUAUUAUAGCUUUUGUCAGUAUGGUAAAGUUGCUGAGAGGAGUGUGACUGGAGUGAUGAAUGUGUUGAAGUUAAUGUCUGUUUGAGGGGACCUAUCGUAACUAGAGUAAUCUAUCUGCAUCGCAAACACUUUAUCUUGAUUUAAACAUAAUAGCGGCUCUACAUUUCAUAAUAUAGAAUAUUUCGACGAAGUAUAACAUAUUUUCUAACCUAUCUUUUAAAUGUAGAUAUAUGUUACCAGUCUGUCGAGGUUUUGAUUUCGAAGUAAGGAUUGCAGCAUUUUUGUUGCAUUUACUGUAAGACUUUAUUUGACCAGCAUAAGAAUGAAUA